AUCUAACCAAACACCAAAAAGAACAACCCAAAAAGCUGGAAAAUGGGCCUUAAUGGCGAAGUGGGGGUAUGAGCUCGAAUCGGUGAGGGUCCAAGGAGGGACCCGUUUAGGCCUUGGGCCCAAACCGGAUCCAAGCCAUAAGACUCGGCCUUACCACACGGAAACGGAAGAAAAGGACCUCGCGACUUCGACUCCGAACUCGGCGGCGUGUUGCAACAUCGUCUUCCACCUCACGGCUUCAUCUUCUUUAACGAUGAAUCGAAACAAACCUCGGAUGAUCAGUGCUGCCAAACAUCGGUUAGCGACGCAAAUCAAACUUAAUCAUUCGAUUGGCUUGUGGAUGCACGGACAUGAAUGAGAAAUUGAAGAUAAAAUCGCUGGAUUGAAGCUCGAUUGAAGACAGGUUUCGUGAUUCUAAAUAGCUUCUCUUCUUCUUCCCGCACUCCCUGCGACUGUUACGGCGUCGUCGUUGAGGAAUGGAGGACGCGAUUUCGACCUCGACGCUCGAUUGCGACACCAAUGUCCAAUUGUGGUUCGACCUCUAUGCACGUGAAAAUGAAAUCGGAAAUGGAAUUGCAAAUUGGAGUAAAACUCACCGAACCAAAUUUCUGUCGCGAACAGGUUUCGUCUUGCCGGCGUUGCUGUUGGAUUUGGAAGGCCUUUGUACAUCAUUUUGGCUUAUACAGCUUGUGGUUUGUAGCUUGUGUAGCCGUUGUUCACGUCACUUGCGCUUCAAUUCUUCAUACUGCUGCGUUCUUAUUUGAUACACCGUUGAUGCAUUUCGUUUUGCAGUUGGAUGCGUCGCCUUUUGUGUUUCCGCUUCUGUUUUCAACUAUGUAUCUUGGACGUCGUUUAUGCAUGUGUUUCGUUUUGCAGUUGGAUGCGUCGCCUUUUGUGUUUCCGCUUUUUUCCUUAUGGCCUGCAUUUAAAUGGGUUAUGGAAUGGAUAUGGAUUAAUUGGAUAAUAUGGAUAAGGGUUAUAAUGGAUAAACAAAUGAAGAAUUGGGUAAUUGGCCUUUUUUAAUGGAUGCUAACUUGGGUUAAAGCUAAAUUGGAUUAAAACUUGGUUAAUGAAUAACAAUGGAUUUAUUGGAUUGAAAAAGGUUUAA